AUGGCCGCCGGAUCGCUGGAGAGGGCCAGCAAUGGCCACCCGCGAUUCCCUGGUUGUGGCAGCAUCCGUGACUUUGAAUUCCUCGGCAAGCUUGGAGAAGGAACCUUUGGCGAGGUUUACAAGGCACGGGCUAAGAAGGACAAUUCGCUCGUCGCGCUCAAGAAGAUCCUCAUGCAUCACGAGAAGGAAGGCUUUCCCAUCACUGCGAUUCGAGAGAUCAAGCUGUUGAAAGCUUUAUCCCACAAGAAUAUCCUGCAACUCAAUGAAAUGGCUGUUGAACGGAGCAAGGGCGAGGGACGCAAAAAGCCCAGCAUGUACAUGGUUAUGCCGUACCUGGAACACGAUCUCGCUGGACUUUUGGAGAACCCAGCUGUUCAGUUCACAGAGCCCCAGAUCAAAUGCUACCUGAUGCAGCUGCUUGAGGGUCUACGAUAUCUGCACGCGAACAACAUCCUGCACCGAGAUAUGAAAGCAACGGGGGGCGGCGGGGAGGCGAAGAGAGAAUACACUGCACUAGUUGUCACAAGAUGGUACCGACCUCCAGAACUGCUGCUCUCGCUGCGGCGGUACACAACUGCCAUCGACCUGUGGGGAGUUGGUUGUGUCUUCGGUGAGAUGUUCAAAGGAAAGCCGAUCCUCUCCGGAAGCAGCGAUCUCAACCAGGCCCAGCUGAUUUUCAGCCUGGUGGGAACUCCCAAUGAUGAAAAUAUGCCCGGCUGGCGCGACCUACCGGGCUGCGAGGGCGUGAAAAACUUCGGCAACAAACGCGGAAACCUCGCCGAGUCCUUCAAAGAACUUAACCCCGUUGCCGUUUCGUUGCUCGGCGAGCUUCUCAAGCUUGACUGGAGAAAACGAAUUAACGCCAUCGACGCUCUCAAACAUCCUUACUUUACUACACCCCCUCUACCCUUACAUCCCGGCGAAAUCCCCACAUUCGCCGACUCACACGAACUCGAUCGCAAAAAGUUCAGAGAACAACGCGCCCCGGGACCUCCAGCACCUCCCGUUGGCUCUGCCGAUACAACCCCCGGAUCCCGGGUGCAGCCCGAGGAAGGCCCAAUGCACCCGGAGGACCGGGCCAAUACCGACGCGGCCCAUUCCCACACUCACAAAGAACGAACGGCCUUCCGCCGCGCCCUCCCACUUCCUCUAAUCGACCCUAUGAAGGAGGUGGACGGGACGAUCAGCGGCGUGAACGGGACCGGGACCGAUUCAACAACCAAGGACAAGGAGAUCGUCCUGGCGCAAGAUACCCAACCAGUAAUCACGACUCCUAUGUACCGAGCUAUGGAAAUCCCGCGGAUCGUCCGCGAGAUGGUAGCGAGUAUGGCGGCAAUCGGCGUGAUUAUCGCCGGGAGCCGCCACGGCGGAGAAGUAGAAGUCCCAAUUUUCGGGACUCGAGUCGAUGAUCGGCCCCAUGGCCAAAUAUGA